GUGAUCCACGAGUAUGAGCUUCAGCCUUGCGGUGGAGAUAUGACCUCAUGUGGUAAAUAGUACCUUGGGUAAACCUGUGCUGGCUUGCUGUAGACCCUGAAUCCCACGAAUCUCAUAUCAAAAGAGAAACAUAUUCUUUCUGUGGCUACCUGUUCUUUCGCGCCAUGCGAUCUGAGCUGUAAAGGCACAUCAGAUCGCGGCUGUCAGCAAGAUGAGCGUCCCCGCCAGGCGCGCGGUGUUCAAUCCCACCAGCAUCCCGGAAUUGAGACCGCGACGAGCCUAUAUCCAGCCGGCGAGGACGAUACCAGGACGACCGCCUGCAGGGAGGCCGAAGAAUUGGUCAUGGAGGGUUGUGAGGAAGGAGAGUACGGAGGUGGGGGAGAAUCACUCGGGGCACAUUGAGGCGCAUACCAACGAGGGCAUUCUCUUCUUCGAUAGUAUAUUUCCGCUGCGAUUUAACUUUGGGAUGCACAUGAGACUGCCAUUUUUUAGGCAUCGAAACUUACCAGAGCUCCUCGAGCGCUUCAACUCCGCGUCGCUCCAGGCAUUGGAUCCUAUGGUUAUGGUUAAGCGUGCUAUACCAGCCAAUGUACCCAUAACAGUGACGGAGAUCCUGCCCCGUAUCAAAGACGGCGGCGCGUUCGUCAAGUUCUCACACCCGGAUGGCGUCUCGUCGCAAGAAGUCGAGAGUCUCAUCAUCGGGUACUUGAAGGAGAAGUACGUCCGGCCGUGGUUCAACCCGAUGCGGCCUAUGAAGGCGAAUCUCGUCCGCGGUGUACCCUGGCUGGAAGAUCUCCACCGCUUCCCGAGCUCAAGAAUCAAAGUUGAGUUCGCACCCACGAAGCCGGGAGGUGAGGCGGCAGAGCUAUCGCAGGAGACCCUGUACAGUCUAUUCCGUCGCUACGGGAUGCUUGCCGAGAUCUCCUCGCAGCCUGCAGACUCGAAGGUCCUGCCUAGGUUUGCGACCUUGGACUUUGCGCGUCUGCGCAAUGCGGUCAUGGCGAGGAACUGCAUGCAUGGGUUUAAAGUCUUGGAAGAGGCUGGAGGAGGGGUCGGCGGGACACAGCUGCGGUUGUCGUAUGAGCAGAAGAUUAAGGCACAUAUGAUACGCGACUGGGUUGUGGGACACCCCAGGAUUUUCAUUCCCCUUAUGGCGGCGCUCCUGGGUACGCUCGCUGUUGCCGUAUUUGAUCCGAUCCGCACCUUCUUCAUCAAAGCUCGUGUCACGCAUUCUCUAAAGAUCAGGGAUUCGAGGAUAUACAAGUGGUUCAGCAGCCAAGCAAAGGACAUGUUCACGUUUAAGAAGCGCAAUGUUGAAGAGGCAGGGCUGGGCGCUAUCUGGGAUGACCGCAGGAAACUCAUUGACCAGCUCCAGACUUGGAUGAUGGAGACCACGGAUACAUUCAUUAUUGUGCAGGGCCCGCGUGGUUCCGGAAAGAGGGAAUUGGUGCUCGAUCAGGCAUUGAAGGACCGCAGGAACGUCCUACUCAUCGACUGCAAGCCUAUCCAGGAAGCUCGUGGCGAUUCUGCGACGAUCAACUCUAUUGCACAACAAGUUGGCUAUCGACCCGUGUUUUCUUGGAUGAACAGCUUCAGCAGCUUGAUCGAUUUGGCUGCACAAGGCACAAUCGGUGUGAAGUCUGGCUUCUCGGAGACGCUGGAUACACAGCUGGGCAAGAUCUUAUCAAACACUGCUACGGCACUGAAGCAAAUCGGCCUCGAAGACCGGGAUAAGCACGACAAGGAUGCCUCAAUGACCGAUGACGAUUACCUCGAAUCCCACCCAGAACGUAGACCAACAAUUGUCAUCGACAACUUCCUGCACAAGAACGAAGAUUCAUCGGUCGUCUACGACAAAAUCGCUGAGUGGGCAGCAGGUCUAACCACGGCAAACAUUGCGCAUGUUAUCUUCCUUACCAACAACAUCUCAUACUCCAAGUCCCUCGGCCGUGCCCUCCCAGACCGUGUCUUCCGCCAAAUCGCCCUGGGAGACAUCACCCCAGCUGCUGCAAAGCGCUUCGUUAUCACUCACCUCGACAGCGAAGAAGAUCCCACCGGCACGGACUCCAAGCUCUCCGAGGGCCAACGUCGCCGAGACCUUUCCGAGCUGGAUGCCUGCAUAGACGUCCUCGGCGGCCGACUAACAGACCUCGAAUUCCUUGCCCGCAGACUUAAGACAGGACAAUCGCCACAGAAAGCCGUGGAGGAGAUCAUCGAGCAGUCCGCUAGCGAAAUCAUGAAGAUCUUCCUACUGGCCGCGCGUACCAACGACCGCGAAGACCGCACCUGGAGUCCCGAGCAGGCCUGGUUCCUGAUCGAGCAGCUGGCCAAGGCCGAGGCGCUGCGCUACAACGAGGUGCUCCUCUCGAAUACAUUCGCGUCAUCGCUGACGCCGUCGGCGAGCAAUGGGGAGGCUGUCCUAAACGCGCUGGCCCAGGCGGAGCUCAUCUCUAUCAAGACUGCCAAGGGACGCCCUGAGAGCAUCAGGCCGGGGAAACCAGUGUACCAAGCUGCAUUUAAGAUACUGACCGAGGACAAGGUGCUAAAGGCGCGGAUGAACCUGGCGGUAUUGACGGAGCUGUCGAAGAUUGAGGGGAAGAGUAUUGAUAAGUGUGAGGCGGAGCUGGCGCUGAUUGCGGGGAUGCCGAGGGUACCGCCGCAGGUGGCGCCGAGGGUGGAAUAUCUGCUUGGGAAGGUGGAAGCGAGCCAGAGGAAGGUGGAGCAGUGGGAUAGGGAGAUGGGGGGGUUGAAGAGGGUGCUUAUGCGGGAAUACUAGAGUGGAGUUGGGUCGUGGGAUGAGGGGAAUGAUAAUCCCCACUCGGUUCUUUGAGAUAAGUAUUUGUAUAUAUGUACAGUAUAGUACAGGAGAUAUGUAUUUGGGGACAAAUUUAACAUUGUGAUUAUACCCCUAGAAAGUGGGUUUACGAAGUGAACCGGGCAAAAUGAGG